UCAUUUUUUUAUUUUAUCCACUUUUUGGGGUUGGAAAAAUUGAAAAUUCUAUUGGAAACAUGGAAAUUUGCCCUCCGCCGUGCCCUCAAUUGAAUUCGCACCGGCCAAUAACUCUGGUGAAAAAGGCCAUUUGCGUGGAUCAUGGUGGUAAUUGCAAUUGUUGCUGCUGCUGUGCGUCCAAGAAGAAAUUAUUCAAGUACGUGCAGCCAGAAGUGCCAAAAUCCUUCGCGCCGAUUCGCACCUAUUGGAAAAGCGGCAGUCCAAUGGAAAGAUAUACAACUUACGAAAGGUCAUAUUGGCGGCAAGACCCAACGUCCUCCAGAGUAAAACCUUUUAAACACCAAGUUUCACUGACUGUUGGCGAUGGACCUAUAACCGACGAUACAACUCACCGACUGAGUUACCUGGGCAAUUGGUGCCUGCGUCAAUCCGAGCCCCAUAUGGUACCGUGUGAUAAGCAAUGGCUUGGGAGAGGACCAAUGGAAAAUGCCACGACAAACAGAUGCGAUUACACCUGGAAAUUGUUACCCAGACGAAUGCCUUUGAAAAAUCGGGAGAACUUAUGCUUUCCAAAUGCCAACCUCUCAAGUGACACGACUUAUAAACUCAGUUAUUAUGGAUCUGGAUGUACAAUCCCCGUCAGCUCCUUCAAGCCUAUUAGAAAAUAUAUGAAAGGGAAUGUUCCAUUUGAAGAAUGCACGACCUAUAAGCUGAGCUAUUGGCCCAACGAGGUCCAGACGAAACCCCCCAAGAAGAAAGUCAAAUACUAUCCGCCCUUAACGGCAUUAGACGGUUGUACCACUUAUGGUUUGAGCUAUUGGCCCAGCAGACAACCGAGGCGUAAACCCAUCCUCACAAAAAAUACAGAGAACAUAUUAAACGCCGGCUGUUGCUCCGACGAAAACACAACGUAUAAUUUGAGUUAUUUCGGGUGUGGAGGUGCUAGACGGAUGCCAAUCAGGCCUUCUCCAUCUACGAAAUUAUCUACAUGCCCACUGUCCCACGACACAAUUCACAGAAUGAGUUAUUUGGGAAAUUGGUGCGUCACCCCAGAGGUCCCCGUCAUACCCUGCCCUACGUCGUGGUCUGGGAGGGGUCCAAUUCAGGACUUGACAACGCAAAAAGAAAGUUUCAUUUGGAAAUCCUCUGCACCUGGUCUUCCCAUUCUUCCACGAAAUAAUCUGCGACCCUCUGACCAACCACUCGAAGGCUGUACAACGCAGAGAUUAUCGUAUUUCCCAAAUGACUUGAAGGAUCUCACGAAAAAUAAAUCAUUCAAGCCGAUCCGAGUGUACAAACCAUUUGAUAUACCAGCGGAAAAUGAGACGACGAUGAGACUGAGUUAUCAGCCAGUCGAGACUCCAAUUCCCACCAACCAUUCACCAAAACAAAUAUACAAAAAACCGCUGACACCUUCAAAUGACAAUACAACGUACCAUUUGAGCUAUUUGCCUCCCGGAAAAGUGGAGGAGUUGGAUUGCGUCCCUCAGUGCAGAUCGUAGUAAUGGAUUUUUCAAUUCCUCACUGAUCUCCCUCGUGGCAAUUCAUCUUUUACCCCCCCAACAAUUGCCGAGGAUCCACUAAUAUUAUUUGAUGCUAUAAAUUAUCGUCGGAGACUGAACGACUGAUGUGCCCGAGGUGAAGAGGAAAGUUUCAUAGCACAGGUCAUUGAUACGCCAGCUUCUGAAAUCUUCAUGCAUCUGCAAUCGCGAAGGCCAUGUGAAAGUAACAGUGCCUUCCUCACUGCUCGGAUGUUCUCACAUAUAUUUAUAUGAAAUCUUACGAAAUAGUGCAUCCCAUGCAGGACAAGGCGUAAAAAUGUGAACCUUUGUUGAUCAAAUCAAUAACCAGUUAGAUCAUUUUAAUUUAUGUCCGUACACUCGAAAGAUCGGGUGAUUGUACAUUUUUACUGUAAAUAUAUCAAAAGAGAAAUCUCGAAAGCUCAAAAUGGCGAAUUUUUCAUCUCCCCGACGCGCAAUUUUCGAGGCUUCGAUACGCAUCAUCAGUUGCCGGACACAGUACUUUGUGUUUCUUGAGUGAAUCUCUUCGAAUAAAGUUUCAAAUUAUUUUCCACGUCCACCGAUAUUUUGUAUUUUCGCGGUUUUAAAUUAUCGAGUGAAAAAUCAUUUUCA